GCAGAACCCGAGCGCCGCCUACGCCGCCGCCGCGAUGGGCGCCCUCUACGCCCUCUACCCCUUCUGCAAGCGCUUCACCCACUACCCGCAGGCCAUCCUCGGCGUCCCCCUGGCCCUGGCCAUCGUCCUGUCUGCCUACUCGCUGGUCGGUGACGAUGACGCCCAAAGCAAGGGAGACCCCUUCCGCGACCGUCCCACCACCGCCGCUACCCUCGCCCUCGCCCUCGCCGAGAUCCUCUGGACCAUGAUCUACGACACCGUCUAUGCCCACCAGGACCUGCAAGACGACGUCCGUGCCGGCGUCAAGUCCAUGGCCGUCCGCUUCCGGCACUCCACCAAGCCACUGUGCGCCGCGUUGGCGCUGGGCCAGGUCGCCUUGCUCGCCCUCGCCGGCGUCUGGGCCCAGAUGCCCCCCGUGUACUUUGUCGUCGGCGUCGCGGGGUCUGCGGUUGCGCUGGUCGUCAUGCUCGUUUCGGUCGAUCUGUCUGUGCCCGCUAGCUGCGCCCGCUGGUUCAAGUUGGGCUUCUGUUUUGUGGGCGGGUGCAUGAAUAGCGGGUUCUUCGCGGCCUAUCUGGUGAGCUGGUUUGGCUGGGCGUGAG